AUGCNGAUGCCCAGUAGGGAGACUAUUUUAUCAGCGUUUGGUUAUGCCACCAUCUUUGGUAACGUGACAACCAUAUUUCAAGGCAUGUAUGCAACACGAUCGCGUUAUCAUGACAUGAUGGGAUCGGUGAAAGAUUUUAUCAAGACGCACAGUGUCCCGAAAGAUUUGGCCGAACGAGUGAUAGACUAUGUGACUUCGACUUGGGCUAUCACAAAAGGCAUCGAUACAGCCAAGGUUCUUAACUACUGUCCAAAGGAUAUGAAAGCGGAUUUAUGCAUCCAUCUAAAUCGAAUGGUAUUCAAUGAACAUCCUGCAUUUCGACUGGCCAGUGACGGUUGUCUGCGUGCCUUGGCCGUGAAUUUCAAUACAAUUCACACAGCCCCGGGUGAUCUGAUCUUUCACCAAGGAGAAAGUAUCGAUCAACUGUGUUUUGUUGUGUCAGGCUCGUUGGAAGUGAUACAGGAUGAUGAAAUUGUGGCCUUCCUCGGUCGUGGUGAUGUGUUCGGUGAACCGUUCUGGAAAGAACCGAAUCGGAUGAGCCAUUCCGCGGCCACUGUUCGUGCGCUGACCUAUUGUGAUUUGCAUUGUAUCAAGAAGGACAAUUUGCUCCAAGUGCUCAACUUCUAUUCUGCAUUCGCGAACAGCUUCGCCCGGAAUCUGGUACUGACCUACGAUCUCAAAACGCGAAGUUCGAUCGAUACAGACAGUCAGUUGGAGCCGCGCUCGAUCGAAACAGAGAGCGGUUCUUCUUCCAGAUCACCAAAAGGGGCCAGUCAAACAGAAUCGCUAUCACGAACGAGCCUGGCGGAAUCUGAGCUGGACUGUUUAUCACAAGGUGGACGUCACGUGCCAAAUCGCGGUGAUAGGACACCGAUUAAUACUCAUCCGGAAUUCACCAGUCAAGAAGGAACAUUUUUGUACCCGGGGAACAGCGGAACAGAGGAAUCGAUGCAUAGCAAUUAUCGAUCAGCUCAUGCUCCUAUUCCGUCUCGAACGCUGACCACUAAUCGCAGCACAAAACGAAUCACAAGAGGAGACUCGAACAGCUACAAUUCGGGCGGUUUUGAAACUCAUGUCCGUCCACUCCUUACACCCAUAUUUCAUCGGGAUCCCCUCGUCGAUUUCUCAGGUUCUUCUUACACAUCCGAUCCCGUGGUUUUUGCAUCAGGUCCCUCUCAUUCAAUUGGACAGGCUACCGGUUCAUCAGAUCGAACAGUACAUACUAGUAAUACACACCAAGUUCGAUACAUCCCUCGGAUUCAUUAUGAAACAGUAGGUUCCGAGCCGGAGCACAGCUCCCAAUCCUCCCCUGUUGUUUUGGCUCCACGUGCAACAUCAGACAGUUUGACUUCCAGUAGUGAUCAGUCGGUCAAUACACAAACAACCAGAAAACAAACAUUUUCCUUAUUGUGA